CUAGCGACUGAAUGACCAGUUUGAUGGACGUGGAAGACUCCGUGGUUGCUAUGGUUUUUCUCCAGUUUCCUGAGAGAAGUUUUCGGUACUUUCAUUCUGCGACGACAAGUUUUAAGUUUUGUUUUCUGUGAACAUAGAGGAGACUCCGGAAGACGAUGAGUCUGAAAAUAUAGACUGUAACUUUAAGGAAGAAUGUGGCUUCAUCUCCAGGAAUGUAUUCUGUUUUCAAGUCUGAUGGCUGCCCUCUUGGGAAUUGUGACUGGCAUUGCUGCCAAGUUAUACCUGGAUCUUUCGGAGUUAGAGACAGGCUUGAUUGUGUUGCUAGGAGGAAUCCUUGAGCGAAUGAUUCAGAUGAUAAUUAUCCCUCUCAUUGUUUCAAGUGUGAUAACCGGAGUCUCUGACCUGUGUGAUAUGUAUACAGUCCACCGUUUGAACAUCUCUUUGAGAAUCGCUCUGCGGGCAGCUGUGUACUUUUUCCUCACGACUAUUUCGGCUAUGGUCACAGGGAUAAUCUUGGCGAUGCUGAUCAAACCUGGGGUUACCACUGAAGAAGUUGAGACGGAUGAAGGGUUCAUCUUCUUCUGCUGGUAUGCCUUGUUGGACCAAUUGAGGAUAAUGUUUCCAGAAAAUCUGAUUCAGGCUAGCGUCCAACAGUACCAGACUGACAAGACGGAGUUUGAAAUGCACUCGGACACCACGGAAACGAAUGCCCACGAAGAGGAACAACCGGGUCACUACAUUGGAAGAUUAAACUCCGUGGGCCUGAUUGUGUGCACCUUUGUUUUUGGAGUUGCCCUAAAGAACAUGGAAGAAGGGAAAAUCGUUGUGCAGCUCCUGGGAAUUGUCAACAAGGUCAUCGAGCAAAUGGUUGCCUUGUUUAUGUGCUACUUGCCGGUAGGAGUCCUGUUCAUGACAGUCGGCCAUGUGCUCGUAGUUCAUGACUGGCAGGAUAUCUACAAACUGGGGAAGUUUGUGACUGUGGUUGUUCUUGGGCUCUCUAUCCACGGAGUGAUAGUUCUGCCAACAAUCUAUCUUCUGCUAGCGAGAUGUAACCCCUGGAAAGUCAUGAAAGGGGUCUCUCCUGCAUUACGGACCGCAUUCAUCCUCUCAUCCAGCUCUGCCACACUGCAGCUCACUCUCAAAAGCUGUGAGAAGAGAAACCACAUUGAUCCCAAAGUGAGCCGCUUCAUGCUGCCCAUUGGGGCCAGAGUCAACAUGGAUGGAACUGCCCUCUAUGAGGUGGCUGCGGCAGUGUUCAUAGCCCAGCUCAGCCACAUCGAUUUGUGCCUCUCCCAGUUAAUCAUGAUCGGAAUAGUUGUUUCAGUCUCCAGUACAGGACCAGCAGGGAUCCCAGCGAAAGGAGCAAUGUCGACCCUCUUUGUACUUAGUGCAAUGGGUUUACCUGCAAAGGAAGUUGCCGGCUUGGUGCUUGUGGAAUGGCUGCUGGACCGCUGCAACACUGUUGUCAAUGUUUUGAGUGACUGCAUUGGUGUUGCACUUGUCAACCAACUGUCUCAAAUGGAACUGGAAGAAAAGGAGAAUCAGCGCAGGACAAGGGUGUCUGCCGGUGCGGUGGGAGGAAACAUCCAGGAUGACGAGCUCAGUUCUGAAGGCAGUGGUUCCUACAAAACUAUGUAGUUCCUCCCUUAUCUCAGGAAAUGUGAUCACUUCAAGACUACAUCACAGCAACCUUCCACCUGGGAAAGAGACGGUGUUGACAUGGUUUCUCAAGUGCUACACAACAUUGAUGCCUUUUAGUCAAUCUUGGCUUCUAUUUAACAUUUUAAGAUUUAAGACAUUUUAAGGAAGAUUAAUCUGGACUUUGGUGAUAGUAGAAUGUCAAAAGUUAUUCACAUGUUAAUGAACCUGGUACCAAGAUUUGUUAUUUUUUGAGAAAUAUAUUUAGUUGUAAAGUUUCGAUGUAAUUCAUGUUUUUAAUUAUACUUGUAAAACAGAAGUAUUUUUUUAUUUGAAUUUAUGUUGUGUAUGUAAUAUAUGUAGACCCACUUGUAUAUCAGUAUUUGCCGUAGAUGUAGAAGAGUGAUUAUUAAAUUGAAAAAAAUACACUGUAAUAAUCUUGGUCGCCUCAAAUUGAGAAAUCCAUAAAUAAAUAAAUAAAAUAUUACAAACAUGUA